GGCCGGAAGUCAGUCGCUUGCGUAAGCCUAUCAGAGCUGAGUGGACGCAUUUGGUCGCUUUGCCGGACAAGCGUGGUGUCUCACUCUAUGGUGCCGAGGUCCUGGCCGCCGGAGGAAGAUGUUAUGGCGUUUGCUGUGGAGCCUCAGCCGGGGAGUGAGACCUCCCGCUGGCGGAGGGGGAGCCGCUGGCGGAGGCCUUUCCCGUCACCGUCCUGUGCACCCGGUCCGACCCUGUGAGGGGGAGCCCGUGCCUCUCGGCCAGGAGUCCACGCAGACCGAUGGAAGCUGGCAUGGCAGACAUCAGCAGCACAAAGGCUGUGGAUGCAGGAACCUGUUGCACCAUUACAUGCCCUUGGAUGCCUUCACCUUGAGUGCAUUGGCUGUUCUUGCUCUGGAGUUAGUGAAGCAAGUACGGUGGCUGAGUUCUCUGCAAGCAGGUGGAAGAGAUGUUGGAUUUUGCCAGCUGGAGGGUCAUCGUGCUGUUUUGCCACAACAUCAGCACUCAGCCCCUUCUGCUUGCUCCAGUGGGGAAGAGAAACAACAUUUUUUCGUGGGAGAAGACUCUGGCUAUGCACUAAAGGGUACAUCUCCUAGCAAAACCUUACAGCCAAAACAAUAUCAAUUCCUUUCAGAUACAGGGGACGUCCUCUUCCCGCUUAGCACAGGCGCUGAACCAGACUCAUGUCUAUUGCACUUGCAGGGCAAUCCGGAAGAGGAGUCAGUCAGUGAAGCUGCUUCUCAAGUGCAACGGGUGUUCCAAGCCAGCAUUUCCAUGGCAUCCAACAUCCUUGGGCUUGAGAAAAUGCGUAAUGGGCAGUGCAAAACAGCCUUUUCCUGCUUCAAACUGGCUGCAGAUCAGAACUACAGCAAAGCCCAGUUCAAUGUGGGAUUGUGCUAUGAACACGGAAGAGGCACCAAGAGGAAUGUGGCCAAGGCAGUCCUCUACUACCAGCGGGCAGCUCACCAGGGACACACCAUGGCCCAAUAUCGCUAUGCUAAGUGUCUUCUCCACCACUGUCCCAGAGCAGACAGUGAUUAUAUGCAGGAAGCAGUGGGCUUGUUGGACCAAGCAGCAACUGCAGGGCUGGCACAGGCCAAAGCCAAUCUCAGGCUUCUCUAUCUGAAGGGUGUGGUCCCUGGGAAGAAGAAUGUGCAGAAGCAUAUGGCAGCCAGGAGUGCGGGUUCUUCAAGCCGCUUUCAUUUGGUUGGUUGCUGUGAAAAGGGCUUUGGAGUGUCUCAGAACUUACUGACAACUAGAAUGCAUUACCAGCAAGCAGCGGCUGCUGCCUUCAGGCCCACACAGGAGGAGAUACCAGAUAUGCAGAUCUGGCACCAAUCACCAUUGGCAGCAAGAGCCUUUUCGUCCAGCCCCUGUCUUCAAAGCCUGGAUCCGCCACCGGCUUCUCACUUGGGUCAGCCAGCUCUUGGCCUGCUUCAUUCCUGGAGCACAGGAAGUCUCAGGGAUGUGGCAAAUAGCUCUGAAAACUGCAUGCCUAGUACCUCUUUCCCAAAAGACUUGUCCCUAACACUACAGUCUUUAGCCUGGCCUCAUGGAAUAGCAAUUGGCUAACAGAGCCUACUGAGAAACUUCUUGCUCUAGCUCCUAGUAGACGAUGGCACAGUCACCCUUUUAAGAAUCAAGAUCACAUGGAUAUGAGGCAUAUGUUUCCAUCUCUUCCUAAAUGUAUACCUUAUUUUACAGUUCUCCAAACAAAAAAAGCUAGGGAUAUAUAAAUAGAUGCUAUAGCCAAAUAAAGCAGCUCAUCUUUUUACCUCACCUAGUUCAUGUACCAUCCACUACCCUGUGAAAAGCAAAAAUGUUAAGAUGCCUUAUUGCAGGAUCUGCUACCAAACUCUGGCUUUUACACCCUUAGCAACAUAAAGACAAAUACACUGGAAUAGAUCCAUCUAAGCAACAUCUGAUCAUGAAGAGAAUCCGGCCACUGGGCUCCUUAGUCAGCAGUAAUCACAUCAUGGAAGCAAAUACUGCAUCUAUAAUAUGAAUGUGUGGGGCUUGUAGAAACGUAAUUAAGUCAGAUUCCCUCACUAGACCAAUCUAAGUGUUUGAUACCACUGUGAUUCUGAGGGCCAAGUCUUAAAACACUCGGUGCUGAAGUUAAGCAAAAGUGGACUUGCAAAUUCCAUGCAAGAGGGAUACCACUAUAACAAAUAAAUAAUUCUGACCAUGAGGCCGCUGUAGACUUACACUACAGUCAGGAAUGUGUUGCAGAAAUUAAGAAAUGAGUCUGCUCUAGUUUUCUUUCUCUGACUAGAACUAUUGAAUUUGCUCUUGGAGAAGGUUUCUACAAUUUUGUAAAAACUGGUUCUCCCCUCUAUUCCUGAAAGGAAAGCCAUCUCUAGUAGUUGUCCAAGUCAUGAGCCCGAAGGUGUAGAUUUCUAGCCACUGGCUUCAAAACCUUCUUUCUAACAGGAAGGAAAUGUUAAUGUAAUAGAAUAAAAAUGAAGUGGAGUAGACCGAAGAAUACAAAACAGAAUUUUGGUUCCUGAGAGUUUUAUCUUAAUUUUAAAUAAAUAAAAUAACUCAA